UACACUUCCAAAAAAUGGCAGGUUUCUAUGAACCUGAUUGUGCUACUGCUUACUAUCGUUCGAAUGAUCCAAUUAAGAACCUUAAAAUAAAAGUAACUCUUAAAAGAGUAUCUGCUUCUUUUGCUGAUGAAAAUGUCGCCCCACCUGCACCUAGUGAUUCUGGAGUAGAGCUAACAACAUUUAAGAAGCAAAAGAAGAAAAAGACCCAUGAAUUUGAAGAAUGUAUCAUAGGAUGGCAGCAGAAAAUAUUUUGUCAGAGAGAAAUCGAUUAUUACAGCAACAAAGACAAUUGUAAGAAUGUAUUGGAUCAGAAAUAUCAUCAGGAAACCCUAGCACUGCAAAACAAAAAGAAACAAAAGAAUAUGAUAUUUACAUACGUUGAUCAUGAUGAAUUUUCUCAUCAGCAAGAAGGUGUUUACAGUAUGACAAAUCUCAUGGAAAAACCAAGUCCACUUGCUGUCAAAAUGGCUCAGGUGCGAUGUAGGAGAAUUGGUGGACGCCAUUUAAGAGAAAAGGAACAAGGCAGUAUACCAAAGACAUUGAUAGUUGAUGAGAACCCAUCAGAAGAAACAAGAAUGAGGAAUCAUUUGGAGGCCCCACCUAUUCAAGUCAUGUACAUUAUGGCAGACCUCAGCCCCCCAGAUAAGCAGGCAGACCAAACAGAUGAGUAUGUAUUGUGUUCCUUAAAAGUGGAUGCUAAUGGUGUGUUGUGUGUACGACCAGAUUACACCUGCGGCAGGAUUCCCUACAGUAUUGAAACUGCUAUAACAAGAGAGGGAUUUGAUUACACAAUAGAAAAUGUCUCAAAAGAUAUGAGCAGACAAGAGCAAGAAAAGGAACUUAGAAUGUAUAAAGAAAUGUAUGUCAGGCAUAACGACUUUGUUCAUUCGUGUGUGGGAUAUGACUUUGAACUGCCUCCUGUUGAUACUCUAAGAUAUGUUGUCUUUGGGGAAAUUUUGUCUGCUCAAGACUUUGAAAAAGACAAUCUUUAUGUUCACAUGUUUACAGACUUACCCAAAGAUUGGACAGCAGACAGGAGUCAGCAGUUGUCGUGGAUCACACAGACUUGUGCCACUAAAAGUGUUGACCAGACAGAUAUUGCUUACUUCAGUUUUCCAUUUCAUUUUGAGCUUGUUUAUAAGAAAAACCCAUUAGCAUCAAAAGAAGGAAUUGAGUUGCCUCAGUUUCCAAGGCUGAUGGUAGAGGUUGGAGCUUUUGAUUCCUGGUCUAGGCAUUACAAUGAAGGAUACAGCUACAUACAACUGCCACCUAAACCUGGUAUUCAUGUAGAGAAAGCCCAUUGUUGGAGGCCUGUGGGGAACUCAGUUAUUAAUAAUCUAAGAAGAUAUUUCAUUGGUGGGACCCCUGAAAUAGAAGAUCCAACAUAUGCUGCAAUCCCUUCAACAUUUGAUGGAACAUAUCUAAGUAAGUUUGGAUUUAGAACACAAUCUACUGGAUCUGUGACUGUACGCUGCAAUGUGUUGAUGCAGUCAAGAGCAUUUAUGGAGACAAAAACAAAUAAGCGCUCACUUGGAUCUUUUCUAGAGUCCUUAGGAAUAACAGCCAUGCAGGCUAAUAUUACUAGUGUCUUGGAGGCCUUCAAGAGAGCAAGGAUGAAGAUGGUCCAAGCUAGGGAAGCUGCUACUCAAGAACUUUUGCGAGAAGUUCGACCAAUAGCCAAAGGAGAACUUGAUUAAUUAAACUGCAUUUUUUUUCAGUCAUUAAAUUUUCAGGCCUUUAAUUUAUGCUUGAGGUUGAAGUUCCUCAGAGAUGUAGUCACUACUUUCUUAAUUCAUUGUAAAAAAAAAAAAAAAUAGGCCUAGUUAUCUAAUUAAAAUUUAUUAUUUCACUUGUAAGCUGUGAUAAUUUUGUGUAAAUAGUGUUAAUAUUUUAUGUAAUACUGUAAUGGAAGUUCAAAUCAUAUUGAUAGAUGUUUUUCAUGUUAAUACUUAAUGUUAAUUCUGAUAAAUUUUAAAAUCUGUAAUGUAUAUUUUUUAUAAAUAAAGAAAAUGAGGUUUUUUUUUAAAU